AUCCUUUCUGACCACGUGGUUUUCGCAUCGAAGCCGCACACUUCCGGUUGUCUAGAUUAACCAACGCCAUUACUCGAUUCAGCUGUCGAAUCUCUGUACACAAGGAAACAGAUUUAUAUAUAAUUGAAAAGUAAACGAGGUAGACAACAAUGACUGCCACGAGGAGAUCUCAAGAAAAGGCUAAAGAUAGUAGUAAACCUACAGAGGAAACUGCAGCCGAAAGUUCUGAGGCUACAGCCACCGAGGCAUCAGCUGAAUCUAUAGCUGAUACACCAGUAGAGGACGCAACAGCUACCGACAAUCAGGGUGAGACUGAGAACAAUGAAUCAAUUUGUGGUGUAGAAAUAUCAAUGGAUAGUUGUACAUGGCCUUCAUAUGUUGAGGAUCCAGAAUCUACAGAUACCCAAGACUGUACAUUAGUAGAGGAACCAGGGCAAGAAACAACUGAAAAUGGGAAAGGUGAAGAUGUUGAAAUGAAAGAGGAGAAAACUGAAGAUGAUAAGCAGGAUGAAAGUAACGAAAAAAAGAAGGAAGAAACAGUGGAGAUUAAGGAAGACGAUGAAACAAAAAAGAACAGACUUGUAGAUCAGCUGUACAAGGCUGAGUUUUUAAAAGCUGUGACAGAAACAAUUACCAUAGAGCCUGUUAAAUCACAGCUGCUGAAGAAUGAGGAAUUUAUUGGACUGCUAUCUAAAGCCAAAGUUCUUAACCUUCAGAUGGAGCAUCAGACAGGAACUGCCAAGCUUACCUUUGCUCCCUACCGAGAAUGGAUGGCCUCACGCAUCUUGAAGGGAUUGAAUAGACUUCAGAAAGAUGAUUCAAAAUUGAAUAUUGACUGCUCUGAAGGGCUGAAGGACCUUCUAGCAUUGGAAAAAGCUGGGAAGCUCAAAGGUGAUUCUCGUGAACAGCAAACAUCUAAGUGUCUGUAUGUUAAUAACAUACCAAAAGACACUACGGAAGAAACCUUGAAAGCAUUUUUUCCAAAAUGCGUAAAAGUCUAUGUACGUGGUGAAUCUGAAGAAUCCGUUUUAGGAUGGGCUGUAAUGGAAUUCAGCAGUAAAGCAGAACUUGACGAAAGCUUUGAAAGUCAGAAGGAGAUUGAAAUUGGGGAAAGCAAAAUUGAGGUCUGCAAGGUGAAACCUUUCGAGAAAAGAGGCAAAGGUUUCAAAGGAAAAGGAAAGUUCCAGAAGGGUGGUUUUAAAGGACUGGGAGAUAAAACGAACAAGCCCAAGCCUACAACUGCAGGUGGUGACAAGCCAAAAGGGGGAUCACAACAGUCCAGUAUGGCCAUGAAAGCCAAUGACCUCAAAAGAAAAGCACAAAAUCAAAAGAUACAGCAGUUCAGUACCAACCAAAAGAGGAGGAAGCUGGGAGCAAUGGGUGGCCCUAUGGGGGGAGGAAUGGGCGGUAUGGGAUCAUUUCAAUUCGGAAACCGAAACAAAAAUAUGCGGGGCUCUGGUAUGGGGAUGUCAAUCCUGGGCAACCCAAGAGGAGGAAAUUCAAUGAUGAAUCUUGGACUAGGACCCAGUGUACCAAAUAUGAUGGGAAUGGGCAAUAUGAUGGGUAUGGGCAACAUGGGUGGUAAUAUGGGUGGUAUGGGUAUGGGCCAAAACAUGGGCAUGAUGGGAAACAACAUGGGUGGCAAUAUGUCAUCAUUCAACAGCAUGGGCGGAAAUACGGGCAAUCAGAAAAACAAGCGCAACAACAAACGAGGUGGAAAUAUGGACAGAGGUGGACAAUGGUCAGGAGGUCAAGGCAAUUUUCAAGAUAGUCCUUCAGAUGAACUCUCAUCCAAGCUGAGCAAUGUGUUAUCCAAGCAGAGGAUGGGACAAGACAAUGAUUCAGACAUGGUGUCCAUGUUACAGUCCGCCUUAAAGGCUGCUCAGAAACGAAUGUCGGGCAAAGAUACAGGUGACAGAGACAGCGGUAGAAUGUUGCCACCAAGCGCUUUCUCUAAUUCAGGUUCAUCGACCAUGAAUCAAGGCAACAAGAAACAACGCCAGCAAAGACAGAAAAAACAGAACUCGGGAGGUAACCGAUGGGGAUCUGGUUCAGGGUCAACGGGCAACUACGGCAGCAAUAGUAGUAGUAGUAGUAAUACCAGCUACAUUAGUACCACCGGAGGCAACUAUGGCAGCAGGGAUACCAGCAGCUGGAACUCCAGCUCCAAUUACGACAGCUCCCAAAGUUAUGGGGGCUCAUCGAGCCCAAACUAUUACGGAGGAGGCUACAGUGGAACAUCUGACCAAUCCAACACAGGUGCUGCUUAUUAUGAUCAAGGCAACUAUGGAUCAACUCAGAGUUCAUAUUCAGACACCUCUUCAUACAAGCCUUCUACACAGUCAUAUGACUUCUCACAAAGGUCACCAUCUGAUUCCUACUAUAGAUCUGGAUAUUACUGAUCAGAUACACAAGACCAAGGAACUGGAGGGUGUGGAAGAUCUUCUGUCAGAGGAUUCUGUUUUCCUUCUUCUUAGUAACAGAGACUUGUUUCAUUAUCAGUCAAUAAUUGUAUUCAAGAUUUUCAGUUGAAAAAUCAUGAGUAUUUAAAAAUUCUGAAAGGAUAGUGGUACAGAUUUAAGCAGUAAUUUUAUUCAAGUACAUUUAGCACCUAGUGAAUCUUGCCCUGAACUAUGAUUGUGCUAAAUUCAAUUUUACAUUAUUGUAGUGUUGCAAUUCAUUACUUUGUAUACUUUAGCUAACCACUUAAAAUUUGAAGGCAUAUUCAAGACCCCAAAGUUGAUUUCAUCAUAACAUCUCAAUGUUUAUUGGACAGUUAUAGUAUUAAGUAUCCUAUCUAAAUGUGAGUGGGAGUAUUUUAGAAUUACACAAAUAUAUGAAGACAUGUGUUACUGCAAUGAUAUACAUGUAUGUUUGAUCAAUUAUAUUGUAUUUCUAGUACUUUAGAUCAAUUGCAAUUGUACCGAUAUAAAAUUUGUACACUGAAAUUAUCUAAAGGGGACAAUUCUGAAAAUUUAUCAUUGUUUAUUGUUGAUAAUUGUGAUUUAAAAAUGACUCAAGCUUCUAAACUUAGUUAAGAAAAUUGUUGUUUUUGUCACAUAUUAUUUAGCUUGAAAUGGUUCUGUUAUAUCAUUUUCAUCCAAUUCAACAACCAUUUUUAUCAUGUUGUAAGUAUUGUCAUUACAUGUUGUAUUUUUAAAUUUAUUAAGUGCAGGUAGACGCUGAUCUGUACCAUGAAUGAUGGUUCCAGAUCUGGUAUACAAAUCAUGUUCCCCAUCUGAUGUCGUUAUAUGUGGCGAUGUGUUCUGUGUCGGCCAAUAAAUUGCCCUCCACAAUUGUAGACCGACGUGUAACACAACAGUUUCAUAGCAUUUUCAAAGUAAUAGUUUUCAACUGUGAAUCGCCUGAGUUAUCUCCCUUGCAUGUCAGAAACUCUUGGAGGCGGUCGAGAUGCAGCAGAUAUUCAUUAGAAUCAGGUUUUAGAAAAAGACCGGACACAGUAUGUUACGUAUUAUGGACAUCUGGAAUGUGUUGUCAUUGUUUAGAGAGGUUUAAUAAUAAAAAAGAUAACAAGAUA